UUUUCUCAUACUUUAGGUUUAGGGUUGAGCUUCUUCGAAGGCGAAAUGGAGAGUUCUUACAGAACUAGGAUUCUCGUCUCGCCAUCACUUUCUACGCCGAUUACUUUUAACGAUUGCCCCUCUCGAAAUGAAGUAGACUACGGGGGUUUUGUUCCCUUCCCGUCACUACUGCCGGAUCAAACAGGAACCGCUUCCACCGUCAGUUUUCCAGCGAGUGAUAUCUCAUUUCAUCCGUUCAUGAUGAUCGAACAGAUGGAUCCGGCAAGCAGAACGUUGAUUCCAGCAGCGACUUCAUUCAAGAUUGAUUCACAAGGUUUCAUCCAACUUCCAAAUCUUCUGUCCUUGGAGCCAUUCCAGGAUCCUGCCAUGGAGAGGUUCGUUUCCAACGCAACUCAUUGUCAAUCUGUCGAGCAUAUCUCGCUAAUCCAAUCAUCCGCGCCUCAUAAGAGAUCGCGUCUGUAUUCACAAUACUGGCGAUGCCCUCCGCUGCAACAGUCGGUACUGAAUCAGCAGCAGUUGGAUUCCGGAAAAAAAGUUCGUCAAACGCAGUCUGCGCGCUCUACGGAGAGAUCCCGACAACGAAGGCAGAUUGUCAGCGAGCGGACGCGAAUCCUUGAGAAGUUAAUGCCGUGGGAGCGGCGGCUGGACACAGGGACGAUGCUGGAAGAAGCGUGUAAAUAUGUCAAGUUCCUCGAGGCCCAAGUGACGGCUCUUGAGACAAUGCCGGUGGCGUCCAGGUUUAUGCCGUCUUCCGUCCCGCCGGGGAAGGCUUUUGGCCUCGAGCGUCUCACUCGGCCUCAGCUGCUUCAGGUGAUGGUUACCUCAGCGAAGAUUCAGGACAUUCUUUAUAAGAAAGGCUUUUGCGUAGUCUCUGCGGAGCAGGUAGCGAUUCUGCGCCAGACAAUGGAGCGUCGUCUACAACCACUGCUACUUCUUGGCCAUCUUGGUGUUCAGUCGUGAGUUUAGUCUUCGCCUAAGCUUUUCGCUAGGAUUUUUUUUUUUUUACAAAUUUGGUUAGGCUUGGUUUAUCAUGGUUUUGAUUUUUGAUGAUGAUCACGGAUGGGAUCCUUCUCAUGAAUGUAUAAAGCGGUAGAAUAUGUAGAAACUUUUUUUCUAUUGUUUUAGGUGUAAAAAUCCGGCGAUGGAGUCGAAGAAGCAAACUAUAUGCAUUUCUGCAGUUAGAUCGAGUAUGCGUAAACUCCAUUUACCAGCUUGUAAUGCC